GUCAAACUAUUAUGUCAAGUUUUGUUAAUAUUUACUAUAUUAUUAUAUUUCUUUAAAUCAGGUUUGCCUACUGUACAAAAAUUCUUAAAAAUUUCACUUCUCAGGGAACUCUUAAGACGUGUAAUGGAAGAUAAUGUGUCGAGCGAUCGAGAGGAAGGGUCUAAUGAAAGAGGUAGUGGGUCCGAAAGAAGGGGUGGAGGUAGCUCCGAAAAUGAUGAAGAAUCAGAUGAAGAGGAACAACAGUUUGAUAUUGCCCUCGCCGCCUCACAUUCAUACAUGGGCAAUGGGCUCGUCCAAGUGAGUGGGCGCUCAGUGCUGGAGGCCGGCUGGACGGGGCGCGUGCCCGUGAUCGCGCACCACGGCGCCGUGUUCCCGGGCGAGACCGUGCCCAUGCUGCUCACCAACGAGCGCGACGCGGCCGUCAUCAGUCGGGCCAUUCAACACGACAAGUUGUUCGGUCUACUGUGUCCAGACGAGAGUGGCACGCUGGUGUCCGGCUACGGCGUGCUUUGCGAGGUGUUCGAGGCGGAUGCGGGGGUGGGAGAGGGGGAGGGGGAGGGGCCGCGCUCGCUGUCGUUCAAAGCGCGCGCCACGCAUCGCUUCCGCUGCGUGCACGUACCCAAGCAGUCGGUUCCGAUACACGCGUUUAGCAGGAUGCGCACGGUGGAGGUGCGCGUGCUGCCCGAGGUGCGGCUGGGCGACCCGCUGCGGCCGGCGCGCCUGGCCAGCCUGGACGCGCUGCGCCGCGCGCGCACGCCGCUCGACGCGCGCCUGCGCAGCAUGGACGCGGCCGUCACGCCCUGGCCGCUCUUCGUGUACGACAUCUUCGACUACCGCCGCAUGCGCCAGAUCAUCAAAGACUACUUUCGCACCAUGUCGCUAGAGAACCUGCCCGAGGAGGCCGUGUCGCUGUCGUUCUGGACGGCGUCCAACCUGGCGCUUUCGGCGCGCGACCGCCUGGCGCUGUUCGCGGUGGACGACGCGCUGCUGCGCCUGCACAUGGAAGUGCGGCUCAUCGCGCGGAAAAGUGUGCUGUGCUGUUCCUCGUGUGCGGUCGAGAUCGCCCGACGGGAGCACAUAUUCGCCAUGUCCAGCGAGGGCGUGCACUCUAAUUACACCAACCUAGGCGGCUACAUGCACGACAUAGUGACGGUGUCGCGCGCCUCCAACACGGAGCUGAGCGGGGCGCCGUCGGCGGAGUUCUCGUGGUUCCCCGGCUACGCCUGGACCAUCGCGCUGUGCGCCGCGUGCCUGGCGCACGUCGGCUGGAGGUUCGACGCGCAGCGGCGCGGCCUGCGGCCGCAGCAGUUCUUCGGGCUGUGCCGCAACUACGUGCAGCCGCGCUGCGACGGCGCGGGCGCGGGCGCGGGCGCGGGCGGGGGCGCGGCGCCGGCGCGCUCGCUGUCGGCCGAGCUGCGCGCCGCGCGCCGCGCGCUGUCGGCGCUCGUGUACGCGCCGCGCGACGACGCCGACCCGCAGUGAGUCGCGGGCGCUCGACGGGUUUGCGUUAGUUCGUGAUCGGCGAUAUUUUCUCUAGUCGAGAUUUUAAUUCGAUUUCAAAUUUACCCAUUGGAUCAGAUCGCUCGUUUCAAAAAAACGUUUUUUUUCAACUUUUAUAUGUAUUUAUAUAAAUCGUACAAGGUGCAGAGUGUCAUGCGAUGACUCAUAUCGCAUAAAAUGUCUUGGACGUUAGUGGAUAAUAAGAAAUACAAAUUGUCUACUAAAAUAUUUGCUUAGUAGAGUUAAUCAGAGGUGUACAGUGUGACGUAAAAUAUUAAUGUUUUUAUAAUUUUAGGAACGUUUUCUAAUUGUUUAUUACACGAGAAGCUCGAAGAGUGGAGGGUAAUUGAAGUAUUACUGAGCAAUCGUAGGGGUCUCUCUCGACUCGACUCUACGGAGGAAACGAAGGGAACCGUUUUAAAUCAAUGAAUUUGUUAUAAAAAGUUGGAUAGAGACUACAGAACCAGACGAAAUAUAUUGAAGAAUAUUUAAUAACAAUGUAGAAAAAAUAAA